AAUGCGCAUUAUGUAAUAAAUGAUUAGAUUUUUCGUUAAAUCCGCGAGCGGAGAGUCUUAUUUUUGAAUUUAAUUUGAUAUAAUGUGGGUUACUGUAUCUGUAGAACUGUGGAGUUUAGUUAAUGUUAACGGUAGGAACUGUUAGUUGUUGCACGCUUGGGGGUAGUCGAGUAGAAUUUGCAGUAGGACCUAAACAGUGACAUACGGCAUGAUAGUAACGUACAUAGAAAUGAGAAAUGUUUCCUGGCUUGUUUGUGUCUUUGAAAUCUCACAUUGAUAUCACAUAACAUUUUAAAACAAAGCAAGUUAUCUUACUACGAUGGACGCCCUGCAAAGGAGAGUGAUACAAGAGGACGUGGUCCAGUACAAACUCUUCUUGGUCCAGCCAGACGGUUCAUCUUCACAGCAAACUGAGGAACAUCUCUCACAUCUAGUAAAGGAGGUUUUGGCAAAGGUUGCCCCACUCUUGAUCCAAUACAUCUGGCAGCAUCAGGCAUUCAACCUCAAUUAUCAUCCCGAGAAAGGAGAUGUCCCUGCUCAUAUUGGAGGCAGCACUCAGUUUGGGGACAAUGUGGAGGAUGAGUGGUUUAUCAUUUAUCUCCUGCAGCUAAUCACAGAAGCCUUCCCAGAGCUUGCAGCCAGGUUGAAGGACAAUGAUGGGGAGUUUCUUCUGAUUGAAGCAGCAGAUUUUCUCCCCAAGUGGCUGAAUCCAGACACCAGUGAACUCAGGGUCUUUCUAUACAAGGGAGAAUUAUAUAUCCUACCCUGCCCCUCCAAAUCCAGUCCAGUGGGCAUCUCAAAGGAUGUUGUACCCAGUGUGGCACAAGCUCUGGCACUGCUCUCCACCCACCCAGACGCCUGUCGGGCAAGUCCCAAGAUUCGCUCAGCACUGAGGAAACGACUAGAGGGGUACCCAGAGAAGAUUAAAACGAGCCUCCACCGCGCCCACUGCUUCAUACCUGCUGGUAUUGCCACUGUGUUGGCACAAAGACCAGACCUGGUCGCCCCUGCGGUGUCAGCUUUCUACCUGCGAGAUCCAGUAGAUCUGCAGGCGUGUCGGAGCUUCAGGACCUUUCCUCCCGAUACAAGAGUCCUUAGCUCGGUGACAUUCACUCGUUGCCUGUACGCCCAGCUGCAGCAACAACAAUUCACCCCAGACCGGAGGAGCGGCUUCACCCUGCCUCCUCGCUCUCAUCCCCAGUACAAAGCUCAUGAGCUUGGCAUGAAACUGGCACAUGGCUUUGAGAUCCUGUGCUCUAAGUGCAGGCUGCCGUCAUCAGAGCCCGAUGCCCCCGUCAGCUGCAACCCUCAAUGGAAAGGCUUCAUGGACAGUCUAAAAAGGAAUGGCUAUUUCCGGGGAGAACUGGAAGGUUCAGCCCGUUACAGAGAACUGAUGAGAUCUGCAGAAAACUUCUUCAAACAGUCCAUUGCCUCAAAAUCCAGUGCUUUGUCCCCGGGUGAGGAGGUUCUCCAGCUUCUCCACAGCUGCAACUCCCACAGCUUGGAUGAGCUGAAGAAACAAGAGUCACAGCUCCCCCCAGAGGACAGUGACAGCUGGCUGGAUAUCACAGCUCAGGAUUUGGAGCGUAUGUUGGAGGAGAGGAGUGGUGGAGGGAGGGCUGAUGUUGGCAGCCAGAGCUCCAGCUCCACCAAACAGACGCAGCGUGUCGGGGUUGCAGAGGAGGGGAGGAAGGAGACAGAGGACAACAAGGAAGAAGAGGAGGCUGCUUACAGCCUGGUGGCAGUCAGUCAGGGGAUGAAGAACUUCCUCAGCGCCAUGUCGUCACAUGAGGGUGCUGAACUGCCCUGGAGCAGCUCAACUCAGCCUUUUAGUUUUGAGCCUGACUCCAUGGCUAAUGCACUGGACAGACUGCUAGGAAGUAAAGAUGAAGAGCUUGAUUCAGACGAUCUAGAUGAUGAUGAAGAUGAUGAUGAUGAUGAUGAUGAUAAUGGGGAAGAGGAGGAGGAAGCCAAAGAAGAGGAGUCCUCUGAUCAUGUAGAGAUGAACGGGACAGAAACAUUAGACAGUCUGAGAAAAUACAUGGAUCAAAUGGACCAGGAGCUGAUGAGCACUAAUAUAGGAAAAAGCUUCAGUCAAACUAAUUACAACAAGGCAGACUUGGGCAAUGGCUCCCCUCAUCCCUCUGCUCCAGGAAGUGUCCCAAGGGAGGGAGAGACAGGGGAGGAGAUCCAGCCUCUUGAUGUGGACUUAAACCUGGUCACAAACCUGCUGGAGUCCCUCAGUUGCCAGGACGGGCUGGCCGGACCGGCCUCCAACCUGUUACAGAGCCUGGGCUUACACCUACCACCCAACUCCGAUUCCUCGUAACAAAUAGUAACUAAUGAUUGUGGCAGUAUUUGGCAGGCCUCCCUUCACCAAUGAAAAGUGAUAAAUAACACCCAGCAAGGAGCAGCAUCUAUAGCUGUUAGCAGAGUGCCUUCAUUACAAUGAUGGUGCUUUUGUUGCAGAAAGCACUCAUUGCUCACUGUAAAGCUGUGUUCCUUAGGACUAGCAGACACCUUGAAGACAUUUCCUAUUACACAUUUGAAAAACAAUUCUAAUUCAUGUUUUUAAACCUGUUUACAGUUUACAUGUAAUACUAAGUGUGCACAAGGGCAAAAAGGAAAGGAAACUCCAGUUUGUGCACAUGAUAGAUUUAGUUAAAAAAAAUAACAUUAAUUGAAAAUACAUGUAAAAUACCAAAAGAACAAGAGAAUUACUGACAAGAUUCCACAAGUUUUUUUUUUUUUUUUUCAGAUGAUAGCUUUCUGAUUCAUCUAUAUUAGUGAGCAAUCCUCACUGAUUAUCUAUGAUGGGGUCAUAUGUAUGGCAGUGUACAAAGAAAAGAAAAUGUAAAAAGAAUCCAUAUAUGUUCAGUUUUGGUUGCACUGUACAUAUAGAUUUUCAUCUCUAAGAUGCCAUGAAACUUUAUGAUGAUGAUUGUGAAAACCAGGUCUCUCUUACAGUCUUGUCUUGUGAUCUAAAAACUCAAGUUUCUGACAUCCAUGUUUGUUUAAAGUGACAGUAAACUGAAAGUGAAAUGUCUGCCAGCAAAUUAUGACAAACCCUUUUGAUCAAGUUCACUGUGGACUUUUAAUACAUGCUGCUAAUGUCUGGAUAGAUGUAUUGAUGUUGGUUUUUAACAGCACUUACAUUCGGUUGUAAGAAACAGAAUAAAUAUUUUUGCAAAUAAACUUA